UCACGGUGAGCGCCGCGGGCGGCGAUGUGAGGCCCCCGCCGGGCCCGGCAUGGCAGAAUCAGUUACUGGAAAUGAGGACAGACCCCUCUUCGCAGAGACUGAAAGGAUUAGGGCUGCUUUGUUCCCCGAGCUGACACACAAGAAGGGAGAUGACGGAUGGCUGCGUCGAGACUGACUUGAGCACCGGGAAGGGGGAAAACUCUGGAGGAGAGCCACAACCGUCUCAUCCGCAGCCUCGGUCCUCCGGAUAUCUCCGCUCCUCGCAGCGCAGGGCCAUGGAUUUCCCCCAGCACAGCAAACAAGUCCUGGAACAGCUAAACCAGCAGCGGCAGCUGGGUUUGCUGUGCGACUGUACCUUCGUGGUGGACGGCAUCGACUUCAAGGCCCACAAAGCCGUGCUGGCCGCCUGCAGCGAGUAUUUCAGGAUGCUUUUCGUCGACCAGAAGGACGUGGUGCACCUCGACAUCAGCAACGCGGCAGGCCUGGGUCAGGUUUUGGAGUUCAUGUACACGGCUAAGCUAAGCUUAAACCCCGACAACGUGGAAGACGUGCUGGCCGUGGCGGGUUUCCUCCAGAUGCAGGAGAUCGUCAGCGCUUGCAACGCUCUCAAGUCCCUCGCCGUGCCGGCGGAAAGCCCCGCCGAGAGCCAGCGGCCCCCCGCCGAGAUCGGGGCCGACAACGUGACCGUCGAGGACAAGACGGCGGUGGCCGAAGCGCUGGGUGAUCUUGACCAAAUAAAACCAGUUCCUCCCGACCCGGAGGAGAAGGAAGAGAUGCCGGCGGCCGCAACAGCGCGGCCCGAGGCGCAGACAGAGCAGCUGGGUGGCCGAGAAGGAGCGGAUGCUGCCAUCCCAGAGGGCCCCAACGCCGAAUUUCCCGACCGCCCGCAGCCGGCGGCGAGCGUGGUCGGCAGCGGCAGCCCCGCGGCGAAGGGCAACGUCUCGCAGGGCGCCGAAACGGGAGAGACGGAGCUAGAAGGGAAGGAGGAAGAGGGGGAGAUGACGGCAGAGGAGGAAGAAGAGGCUAAAAUCCCUGAGGAAGAGCAGCCCCGGUUAGAAAACGGAGAAAACGCCGAAGAUAACGAAUCGGGGAGCACCGACUCCGGGCAGGAAAACUCGGGCGAAACCCGUCUGCUGCGUUCGGGUACUUACAGCGACAGGACGGAGUCGAAAGCCUACGGCUCCGUCACGCACAAGUGCGAGGACUGCGGGAAGGAGUUCACCCAUACCGGGAACUUCAAGCGGCACAUCCGUAUCCACACCGGCGAGAAACCUUUCUCCUGCAGGGAGUGUAACAAAGCCUUCUCCGACCCGGCUGCCUGCAAAGCCCACGAGAAGACGCACAGCCCUUUGAAGCCCUACGGCUGCGAGGAGUGCGGGAAGAGCUACCGCCUCAUCAGCCUGCUGAACCUCCACAAGAAACGGCACACGGGGGAGGCCAAAUACCGCUGCGACGACUGCGGCAAGCUCUUCACCACCUCCGGCAACCUCAAACGGCACCAGCUGGUUCACAGCGGGGAGAAACCGUACCAGUGCGACUACUGCGGGCGCUCCUUCUCCGAUCCCACCUCUAAAAUGCGGCACCUGGAGACCCACGACACCGACAAGGAACACAAGUGUCCCCACUGCGAUAAGAAAUUCAACCAGGUGGGGAACUUGAAAGCUCACUUGAAGAUUCACAUCGCCGACGGGCCCCUGAAGUGUCGGGAGUGCGGCAAACAGUUCACCACUUCAGGCAACCUGAAACGGCACCUCCGCAUCCACAGCGGGGAGAAACCCUACGUCUGCGUCCACUGCCAGCGCCAAUUCGCCGAUCCCGGGGCUCUGCAGCGACACGUCCGCAUCCACACCGGAGAGAAGCCGUGCCAGUGCUUGAUCUGCGGGAAAGCCUUCACCCAAGCCAGCUCCCUCAUUGCCCACGUGCGUCAGCACACGGGGGAGAAGCCCUACGUUUGCGAACGCUGCGGCAAGAGGUUCGUGCAAUCGAGCCAAUUGGCCAACCACAUCCGUCACCACGAUAAUAUCCGACCCCACAAAUGCACCGUCUGCAACAAAGCCUUCGUCAACGUGGGCGAUCUUUCCAAACACAUCAUUAUCCAUACCGGGGAGAAGCCGUUUCUGUGCGAUAAGUGCGGCCGAGGCUUCAACCGGGUGGACAACCUGCGUUCUCACGUGAAGACGGUGCAUCAGGGCAAGGCCGGCAUCAAAAUCCUCGAGCCGGAGGAAGGCGACGAGGUCAACAUCGUCACCGUGGCUUCCGAUGACAUGGUGACGCUGGCCACUGAGGCGCUGGCUGCCACCGCCGUCACCCAGCUCACAGUGGUCCCCGUAGCGGCCGCGGUGACGGCGGACGAAACCGAAGCACUUAAAGCCGAGAUCACCAAAGCGGUGAAGCAAGUGCAAGAAGCAGAUCCCAACACCCAGAUCCUUUACGCCUGCGAUUCCUGCGGGGAAAAAUUCCUGGAUGCCACCAGCCUGGCUCAACACGUCCGUAUCCACACCGCCCAAGCCCUCGUCAUGUUCCAGGCCGACACGGACUUUUACCAGCAAUACGGAACCGCCGCCGCUUGGCAAACGGAGCAGGUCAUUCCCGCCGGAGAACUGCUUUUCCGAACUCGCGACGGCCCCCCCGAACCCUCAGCCAUUCCCUUGGCCCCUACCCCGACAACCGGGGAAGGUCAACCCCCCUCCGAGUGACUCCCCCUCGCCUUUAUUUAAAAAGACAGCUGCUUGGAAAUGGUGUAAAAAAACAAACAAACAAAAAAAAAGUGUAUUUCUGGAAGGAGAGAGAUGGAAUAAA